AUGGAGACCGAACAAUCAGACAUGCCUCCGCAAGAACAUGUUCGGCAGCAAGCACCACCUGGAGGACCAGGUCAGCAAUGGGCCCCUAUAUCGCCGGAAAGUCUCGAGGGACAUGAACGACCAAUCCAGCCUUAUCAACACGUUCCUCAAACACAUUGGUUCGGUCCUCCAACUCCUGAAAGUGCUGGUAGACCACCUUUGUGGAGAGGUGAUGGCUCGGCUUCCUUGCCAUCUCCUCAGUCCCUGCGUUCGGGGUAUGGCUCGCCUGGUAUCCCCGAGACUCCAUCGUCUCGACCAACUACCUCUACACUUCCAAACACUUCUUGGAGUGGUCAGCAAGGUGAAGAUUCUUGGAAUCGAGCUGCCGGUCAGCCUAUACCUCCUCAAGUUCGUUCAGGCGUAUCUCUCUUUCAACAACCGCAAUCGAUGAUGGCCCAAAGACAAGGUCCAUUGCCCCAAAGCCCUCAGUCUAAUGUUAGACUCGAAGAUCAAGUGGAAGCUCUCCGUGAUCAUAUUGCAUCUCAACAGAGGCCUGUGGGCCCAAACUAUGGCGGCCCCGUACCUGGCUCGGGACCAUACUGGCAGCAACGCCAAAUGUAUCCCGCAAGUCCACAGGUACAACGAGCCAGUUUUUCGCACGACAACGGGCAGGGCCUACGACAAAUGCGGCCACAUCAAGCUGGAAUACCAUCACCAGCUCCGACAGCUUCGAGUUUUCCAGACCUUCAGAAGACUACACUGGAAGGCUAUGAGCUUCUGGCAGCCAAGCUGACGGACGGUUCCACUGGAGCGAGACCAAUGUAUCGUAGUUUCGAGCAACUGCACCACCGAUUGCUUCUAUACCUACAAGACGAGAUAUGUGAAUACGAGGAAGAGCUGCGAAACCUCGAUGAAUGGAUUUCUCAGGUUGGCCAAGCCACUUCUGACGGCAAAUCGAGACAGGCCUCCAGGCGUGCGGAAGCUCGACUCACGCCUGCAGACAGCGAGUUGAUGUUCAGGCGCAAGUUUGUGCUAGGAGAGAUAUUCGUCAAGCUGGAAAGAUACCAUCGUGCUCUUGAACACUAUCGUAAUGCAUCUAAAGAUCUGCAAAGGCCACAGGAAGCAGAAAUUGCACGUUAUCGCCAGUGGAUGGAGACUCACCGUCCCGUUGAGAUGGCAGAAGCAGCCUUCCUCAAACACGAGAAAGAUUUGUUUGUACUUCCACGUAAGAAGGUCGAAGUGUCGGCUGUGUCAGCGACGACAGCAUCGCUACCGCUUAUGCUACUCUUACCGUUCAUGGCUUUCGCGGUGAUGUCCAACUUCCUCUGCAGAAUCCUUGCAAUCUUCGCAUGCAGUAUGGGUCAGUGGGCACUUUGCUCAGUCAUGGACGUCAGACAUAUUCUGACUGCCCGCGAGUGGCUGUUCGCUGCCGGCAUAUAUGUGGCUUUCAUGACAUUAGUUGCGGCCGUUGCUCAUUGA